AUGGCCUUCCUCAGACAUAUCUCUCUGUACAUCCUCGCCAUGCUGACACUGUUUCCCCUCGCAACCCUUGCCACGGAAUACACAAGAUUCGAAGACCUUCCUCAAUGCGGCCAAGUCUGUCUCCAAAAGUCCAUCUCAUACGCGUUUGUCAAGGCAGAUUGCGGUACAUCCCUGGCUUGCGCCUGCAAAUCCGGCAAAUACAGCGAGUACAUACUGUGGUGCCUUCGGAACAAUAAGCCUUGCUCGGAAGAACCGACGCUCAUGGAUGUUCUCAGAUAUCAGGCUGCGUAUUACUGCAAUGUGACUUCGGACCAGCGCGUUCGUUAUACCGUUGAGGUCGGAGGUGCGAAGAAGACUUUGACUCUGGAGGGCAAUGAAGUCCAGAGUACUUCCCAUACAACGGAAAGUAGCUCUCACACCACCACUCAGAGCACAUAUCAUACGGCUGCCAGUAGUUCCCGACCAACGCCCGGUAUUACCAUCGUCACCGCCCAGCCACGGACAAGUGAAGACGCGUCCGCAUCCGCGCCUACGGUUGCGAGCGAGACUAGCACUGCCGUAAAGUCUGUCCCGGAGACUACCAGCACAUCUGAUGCCGCAAAAAGCGACACAGGUACUAGUACAACCUUGAGCGAUCCAUCUUCAUCUUCGAGCAAGUCAACCUCAGCCUCAAGCACAUCCAGCAGCUCGUCGCCGGAUCAUCCUUCAAGCACUACCUCGCUGACCGAGUCGAUACCACCUGGUGUGACGGUUGUGGACGCAAGUACGACGGUCAUGGGCCACACUGUCACAGUGAAAGCCACGACGCUUGCUACAGCGACAGUCAAUAGUGGAGUUGGGGCAGGUCGCUACUUGGAUGCGGGGACUCGGAGUUCUGGAACGCUGGCGCUCGGUCUCUUGCUCACUCAACUUUUGAUUAUUGGUUCUAGGAUCGAUUUUGGGUACUGA